AGCGUGCUUCCGGUUUUCGGCUCGUUCUGCCUUUUCUCCCGUGUCAGCCGUCAAAGGGUGCCUUGGUUGUCUAUUCAUUAAACCUUCAAAAUGGUUGCUGUCAAGAAACAGAAAAAGGCUUUGGAGAGCACCAAUGCUCGUCUGGCUUUGGUGAUGAAGUCCGGCAAGUACUGCCUGGGCUACAAGCAGACCCUCAAGACCCUGCGCCAGGGAAAGGCCAAGCUGGUCCUCAUCGCCAGUAACACUCCCGCCCUGAGGAAGUCGGAGAUCGAGUACUACGCCAUGUUGGCCAAGACUGAGGUCCAGCACUACAGCGGCACCAACAUCGAGCUGGGAACCGCCUGCGGUAAAUACUUCCGUGUUUGCACCAUGUCCAUCACCGAUCCUGGAGAUUCUGAUAUCAUUCGCUCCCUGCCAGAUAACUAAACAGUUGAACUUUUUGUUAAUCUGACAAUAAAGAUAAUACUUUUUGGGUAAAAAA